AUGCCGGUGUCCGUUCUCUGUACCGAGGACGAGAGCGUAACCCGGGGCCUGAGCGGCUGCCGGGCCCCGCGGGCCCGUCUGGCCGGGAAGGCACACACAAAGCUGUGUGUGGGGGUGUUUGCUGUAAGCGUGGGCUACUGGGAGGACCCUUACAUCCAGUAUUUCGUGAGACAAGCCAAGGAGAGAAAAGCACCUGAAAUCAAUAGAGGCUAUUAUGCUCGCGUUCAUGGAGUCAGUUACCUGAUCAAAGCUUUUCUGCAGAAGACAGAAUGCAACUGUCAAAUUGUUAAUCUGGGUGCUGGCAUGGAUACCCUGUUCUGGCGGUUAAAGGAUGAAAAUCUUCUUCCUAGAAAAUAUUUUGAAGUGGAUUUUCCGAUGAUAGUUGCAAGAAAAAUACAUAAUAUCAAAUCAAAACCUCCCCUGUCAAAACCAAUUAUGGAAUCCCAUUCAGGGGACUCUCUUCUAAUAGAUUCCCACAGCCUGGACUCCAGCCGAUAUUCCAUAGUAGGAGCAGAUCUCCGGUUCUCGUCAGAUCUGGAGGAAAAGCUAAAGAAACACAACCUGGAUACACAUUUGCCAACGCUUCUGGUGGCAGAGUGUGUGCUGGUCUACAUGACACCACAGCAGUCUGCAGAUCUGCUCAAGUGGGCAGCGAGAACGUUUCCAGUGGCGAUGUUCAUAAACUACGAGCAGGUGAACAUGACGGACCGGUUCGGGCAGGUGAUGAUCGAGAACCUGCAGAGGAGACAGUGCAACCUGGCUGGAGUGGAGGUCUGCAGGUCCUUGGACUCGCAGAGGGAACGAUUGCUGUUGAACGGCUGGGAAACCGCACGUGCCAUCGAUAUGAUGAAAGUGUACAGCUUCUUGCCACAGGCUGAUGUCAAAAGAAUAGAAGGACUUGAAUUCCUGGAUGAAAAGGAGCUGUUUGAGCAACUAAUGCAGCACUACUGCAUCUGCUGGGCUUCGAAGGACAGCAGCAAUCUGGGCCUUGCGAGCAUCACCUUCUGA